AUGGAGGUCAUAAUUAGCGGAGUUGUGACACAGGUAUCAAAUUACUUGAUUUAUAGUAAGAUAUACACAAACACUGUUCUGAUUCCAUUAUAAAUAUGGGUCCCUAAAAAGAGCAGUGCUCAAGUUUUAGUGCAUCUGACCCUACCUUUCCAUGCUCAUGAAUCAACCUCACCUAUGAUUGUAAAUUAAAGUUCAACUGUGCAAUAAAAACUAUGUAUGACUAAGCUGGCACUUUUCAUGAAAAGCUAAGAAACAUAAUUGACCAACUGACUCAUUUAGUGCACCUUAUACUUUUAACCUCAGCUUUUCUCCCUAGACUAUAACCAGUGAAACAUACGUUUGAAAACAAACACUAAAUAUUUCAAUAUUAAUAAAUCUAUGUUGCAGCCAUUCAUCCCGUCAAGGGUAAGAAUUCUCUGUUGAAUCGUCUUUUUUUGAUACCUUCACAAGUUUAUACUCAAUUAUAAUAAGAAAAUUAUAUAAAAUUACGGAGAAAGUGGGCACGUUCUGUAAGGUCAAGGUAUUUUCCCUGUUAAGGUUUUUCCAGAUAUAUACUCCUAAAAAGUGGCGAGAGAGACUUACACUAUAUCAUCGACGUAAGAUUACAUAGAAGUUGAUUUCAUAUAUCAUUCUGUAUGCAAUGACUCCAGAAGCUAUCCACUUACAGAAGCAUUUUAUUCAUUUGCAGGAUGAUACAGCAUCCAGACAGCGAUCAGAGUAAGUAAUAACAUUGUAUUUGUCACGUACCAGAAAGAGGAUACCGAAUAUGUACUGAUACAACAACAGAAUCACUACUGAACAGAACUUUAAUUAGUGCAAAAUUUGCUUUUGUUAAACGUCUUCCUAUUGUGCAUUUUUCACAAACAUUAACAGAAGGUUGCAAGUCAUGGCGGAAAACAUGGCAAUAGGAUAUCGUAUCCAAUGGUCUGAAACAGGAAUUAACACAUUUGAUACUUGACUGCCUCUCCUUAUCUCUAUUAAGGGGUCCAAUUCAUAUUUUAUGUGAAUUGAAGAGGAGGGGAACUGGGUGGAUUUUUAAGGAACCUUAGCUGUGGUCUUCAUUCGCAAAAAAUAAGUCACUGAAAAUGAUUCUAACAAUCAAAGACUCACAACGAUAUUGAUAAGGUCUACAUAAAAUGUUUUUAACAACUCCCGGUUGUAUAUGGAUUGCUGAACCAUUCACUUGAACUGACCUUAAGAUAACACCACAUGAUAUCAGGUAAGAAUCCUGGAAAUCAUUUAAUAACAAGGAACUUCGCCAUCUAAAUACCCGUGUGUUAAUUCUGAUCGCUUCGUUUAGUUCUUAAAUAAGAAAAGCAAUUGUGUAAACGUUUUGUCAGGAAUAUCACACUGGUCUCAAUCACCCAAUAACUCCUUUCUCGCCAUCCAUGGAGUGCACCCCCAUCCCCCCGUCUUGUCCAGUUUGCCCGGCACUCCAGCCGCCAAAUUUUUGUACUUUGUCAUCCAUUUCCGCCUUUUUUAGCCACACAAUAUUGAUGUUUCCUUAUUUGAGAAAAAAAGGAGGUUAAAGACCUCCUUCUUUCAUUUGUAUCUAAUUUCGCGAAAGAUGUCGAUGAUGACAAUUUGAUUUCUUUUCAGGGUUUUCAUGGUAACAGACCUAGAUGGAAUUCCAAUUGAUGUUUCCGAGCAACAGGUGAGUGAUGUCCAUAAAAAAAUGAGUCAACACCGAAAAGACUUUUCUGUAUCUUAAUUCACCAUUUUCAGUUUUGAUAUAAUUGUGAAAGUAAACACGAUGUAUAAGGUCAGUUUAGAGUUUUUGCACUAUGGAUCAUUUCGAAGUACAACGUCGCUGCUGGAAGAUUUCACAGAAAAAGAUUAUUGAAAUUAUUUUAUGCAUGAGCCAUGAUUCUGGAAAAAUUAACCACUUACAAAUACAUAUUUUUAUUUCAUGCAGAAUAGUGCACAGUCCAGCCAGAGGUCUGAGUAAGUAAUUUCAUCAAUGUAUUGAAGUCUUAAAUCUCACUUACCUCAAAAACCAAAUUGCAACAACAAAAAACUGUAAAAAUACGUUAACAGCACUGGACAGAACUAUUGUAAAAACAUUAUGUUUGCUCAUUAUCUUGCUGUUUUGAUUUCUUCAGAGACGUAAAAAGAUGGUUGCAAGUCGAGAAGGAAAACAAAGCAAUAAGAGAUCAUAUCCAAUGGUAUGAAAACAGAAAGUGACACAUUUGAUAAUUGGCUGCCUCUCCUAAUCCCUAGAGUAAGGUUCAGAAACGAAAUUCAGAAACAGUUUUGUACCCCAAUUAAUCAACCAUAGAAAGGAAUUUUCGAUCAAAGUGCCAAUUCAGCCAUUUUUAAAUGAAGUGCACUGAGCUGUUUCUUAUUAACCCUUUAACUCCCAGAAGUGAUGAACAUGAAAGUUCUCCCUAUCAUAUCCUUACAUUAUCCAGCACACAGCUAAUAAGAAUCUUCAAACGUAUCAGUUAGAGGUUGUUAUCUUGAUCUAACACCAAAUUCUCAUAACUAGUUUACAGGAUAUGUGUGGCAGCCAGAGGGGAGAAUUACCAAUCAGAUCUUGGGAGUUAAAGGGUUAAGCCUUACAAUGUUGAAAUAGGUUGGUGGUCAGAAUCACAGGGAGGCUUUUCCCAUGGCUUGCAGGCCAUCUGGAAAAGGAGAGAGGGAAGUAAUUAUUCCUCCUAAACUAUCGUGCAGGAGGGGAAGGUGAUCCAACUACAACAAAAAAAGUAUCGUCUUCACAUAUGGUCUUAUCUUAAUGCUUUCCAAUCUUUUGUUUCAUUUUGCAGACAUCAGACACCUUAAAGAAACAUUCAAGCUUGAGCUUAAAGUAGAUUUUUAAAAUAAAUAAGAUAGCAUCAGUUCCCUUUAAAAUCUAUCGUUUGUUUCACAAGUAAAUCCAUACAAAAUUGAAAGAUUUUUAGUUCAAUUUAUAAAAGCAGUAUUCCGCACUUUCUAUAUCGAUACACCGUCGUUAUUACCAAUUGGGUUGUUGCAAGGACAACCCCAAGUAAUCUUUGCUGAAAUGACAAUUUGGUGAUUGUGUCUUGGAAUGGUUCAUUCCUCUCAGCUUUUAAAGCCUAAAUGCAGGACGACCUCUAAAUGUGCGAAACGGACCGGGAUCGAAUGAUCCCUUGGACUUCACUUAAGCUUAUUCAAGAAAUUGUUCACCACAAUCAAAGUUCUCAGAAAAUGUUAAAUUAAAUUAACAUUUAAUUUGGGUCUUAACUUCGAUCCCUUUAAAGAGUAUCGAAAAGUUCAUUUCUUUCUUACUUCAUCAAAUUUAAAAGGAUUUCUUUCCUACAUUUGACUAAAUGCAGCGUAACCACUAUUAUCACAUGCGGGAAAAAUUUAUUGAAAGCUGAUUGGCCGAGACAGAGGG